CUUACCGGUUGAGGUUGUGCAGCAGGUUGAGUAAAGCUGGAGGAAGGGGAAUAACAUUCUUAUUUGACGCUAUUGCUGCCACAGAACAGGACGAAAGGUUUGAAGGAGGAAGUUUAAAGGGCCCUGGAAAACUGAACUGAACUAUUACCAAACUCUGGCUGAGGAGGGAUUUUCUUGUUUGGACUGAAUGCUGCGACGAUGCCUGUUGUAGCAAACCUUCGGCUUUUUAAUCCUCAACGCACAGCUCCAGAGGACGUAAAGAGAAGGGAGGGCAUGGAGCAGUCAGACCAUCCAGAGGGAGACGUUGUCAACGCUACUGUUGCCGUGGACAACCCUCAGCUGGGGUCAGAGGUCAACUCACCAUCCAAGGCCUCGGAAGCGGAGGUCGUCAUUGUCGCCAAUGGCAACAACAAGCUGGGCCAAGAGAGUGACGGGGAGGAGCAGGACAGCGCGCAGGAGCUCGACAGCACGCGAUCAGAGAACGGAGAGAGGUCAGAAGUGAGCACGGACAGUAUGGCGACGGCGGCGUCUCCAGGCGGUGCCAACACCAGCUGCGACAGUGGCACCUCCUCCAUGGACGAUGCUCGAACCCCGACUGGCGCACCCGACGUCUCCUCUCCGGAAUGCUCUUCUCUGCCUUCCGUUGGUGCCAUGGUGGAAUCGUCACCCCUGCCACCGGCGGUCGGUCUGAUACAGGAGUCGUCCCCAGCCGUGCUGGAUGGAGUAGCAGAACUGUCGCCGGUCAGCUUGGACGGGAUGAUGGAAUGUUCUGGACUUCUGGAGUCUUCGUCGGCCGUUCUAGAUGGAACUAUGGCGUCGUCAUUGUCUCCUGCUGGAUUGGACACUACAGCAGAAGGGCUUUCUGUUGACGGUGGGUCAUCGGCACUGACACCCACUCAGACUCAGAUGGAGAUAACGUCUUCACCCACUCAUGCACAGGGUGAGGUGUCUGUGCCUGUCUCCUCCGUAUCCAAUGGCCCCAGUGCCAAUGCACCAGACUCCCAUUCUGUCAACAGCACCAGGGACCCAAGUCCCUCAGCCACCCCAGACUUGGUGACUGACACCCUGGGUAAAAACACUCCACCCUCCCCUUCCCCAGCCCAAGCUCCAGGUAUGACCCAAACCCCACCAAACACCCCAGCUGCUGCUGCUAACCCUAACCCAAAACCAAAUGCCAGCUCCAGCCCGUUCGAUACGGACUGCAGUCGGCGCUCGAUGUCGGAGAUCCAGCGUUCCGUUUCCCAGGAGUCCCUGCUGGAGGAGUUGGAGUCGGAGCUGCUCUCCUGCCAGCUGACGCCGUCGGGGACGGCUGGCGACCGUGCCACCGCCGCACCCCUCGCCAACGUCACCACUCGGGCCAGCCCGCCCAACGGCCUGCCCAGGGACUUCGAGAAGUGCGUCCAGUACAAGUACUCGCAGCAGGAGAAAGCCAUCAAGAAGCUGCUGGAGGAGAACAAGAGGCAUCAGGAGCUGAUCCUGGGCAUCUGCUCCGAGAAGGACAACAUGAGGGACGAGCUCAAGAGGAGGAUCGAGACUGAGAAGCAGCAUGUGGCCACCGUCAAAAAGUACGAGACGCGUGUGGAGGAGCUUCUGAAGGAGCUGAAGGAGUCCAGAGACAAACAGCAGCAGCAGGACCUGGCAGCCAAACACCACAUCUCCCAGAUACAGAGAGAGACCGCCUACAGACUGGAACAGGUGAGGGGCACACACACACACACACACACACACACACCUAUGGCCAAACACCACAUCUCCCAGAUACAGAGAGAGACCGCCUACAGACUGGAACAGUCAGACAAUUAA